AUGUUAUCUCGAUUCUUGAAUGUACCCUCGAAAGGUUCUACGACUACUUCACAAACAUCCGGUUGGCGACCAUUAUACCUACGAAAACGAAUUUUGAUACUUUUCCUUCUCACCUUCGCUGCAAUUAUUGCCGCCCUCGAAGUACUAUAUCAAUCAUCGGAAGCCCGCAAUGGCAUAGCUACUUCUACCCAAGAUCGCCAUUACCUCUGGACAUAUGGACCCACCGCUAUUCUUACGAUUGUCGCUGCGUUCUGGUCGCGAGUUGAAUUCCAGACAAAACAGAGUGCACCAUGGCAGGCAAUGCUUGAAGGUCCCCAACCGGCUGAAAAAAGCGUGUUACUUGAUUAUAUAUCUGAUUUGCAACCGGUGGCAAUAUGGAACGCCCUCAAAAACAAACAUUUCGCUGUGGCAUCUGGUGUAUCAUGCUCGUUACUGCUACGGCUUCUUAUCAUCUUCUCGACCAGUUUGUUUUCUUUGAAAGAGGUUCCCGUUAAGAGAAACAACGUCCCUAUACAACUGUUCAACAUCUUUAGCGCUCAAGACUCAAAAAUAGAGACCGUCGGCUCACAACCCUACGAUAUCCUCAAUGGGAUACUCUUCGAAAACGUCACAUAUCCUAUAGGAACAUCUGAGAACUUGACGUUCCAAGAAUUUUCGGCCCCAAGUCUCCCAGAAAAUGCGGUGAUAACUACACCGAUCAAUGGUAUGAUGGCCGAUCUUGACUGUGAGCCAGCUAGCCUGGAAAUACGGACUCUCGACUAUCUAGCGGAUGAAGAUGGCCGGUAUUCGACAAAUUUUGAUGUCGGAAUAUCGACCCCGGCGUGCAAGAUCGCCAAUAUAAGCCUGCUAUCGGGUGAAAAAACCCAAACCGCCUACUUCAAAGGGGGCAGAUGCAAUGGAAUCAGUGGAUCAGAUGGAUAUCGUAUCGUGCUGACGAUGGCCGCGCCCUAUGAAAUCAAUUCGACCUCUGCGGAACCCCCCAACAACAGCUCGACUGACGCCAAAAAGACUUGGAAAACGGUACACCUCGGAUUAAAAAAGUCGAUUUCGAUGAUAUGCAAGCCAAAACUGUCGUUUCUUAAGCUACAAGCCGAAGGCAAUGCAACCGAAUCGUCUUCCGCUGUUGAUAUCAAAAUAAUGGAGUCGGAGGUUGCUAAUCUUCCAGGCAUAACCGCCGGAGAUAUUGCCGAGUUUGUAAUCAAAAACUCGACAGCAACCACCGGAUUCAGACCAGUCGAAGAUAGUUUGGAAUUCGAGUAUUAUUCGGCGAUUGACAGAGGGUUUAACCUUGGGCUACAUCUCAUCGAUGCAAACCUUACGGUCGAUAGCCUGUGGCAGGAUGGAAUUCUUGAGAGCUCGGGUAAAGCAUUUUAUCGCUCGAUUACAGCCUUGCUGAUACACAUGGGUCUCACUCAUACAAAGCAGUCGACAGCAGUUGGAGUUGCAAUCGUGCAAGAAAAUCGAGUGGUGAUGGUACAAUUACCCCUUCGCGGGAUGGAGGCAUGUCUCGGAUUUGGUAUACUACUGGCAAUUUCUAUGAUUUUUAUUUUGCCGAAUACACCAAUAGCUGCCUGGAAUACGAACCACUUAUCUGCAAUGGCGGCGAUAACAGCAAAUAGCACCGCUUUUCGAUCAGCUCUCUCAGGCACUGGAGUGACUUCUCACAAGAAACUUCAAACUCGCCUUGUGGAUAAGGAUUAUUUCUUGGAGCCAACGGAUAAAGGCACUUCCGUUGGAAUUCUAGAGAUCGGGCACCGAGAAUCACAACCCGACUCUCCAUUUGGCACUGAAUAUGUUCCAUGGAAGCCAUUCCCCGGAAUUAUCGGCCGAAUCAUCAUAUUUGUCUUGAUCCUGUCGGCAAUUGCGGUUCUAGAGAUAUUGCUACAUGUUUCACAAAACCAGGAUGGUCUCGGAGAUGCACAUUCGAACGAUGAAUAUAUGCACUACUUGUGGACCAUUAUUCCUGCCCUGAUAAUGGUGGGAAUCGGUCUUUUUUUUGGAAGCCUGGAUUUCAACAUCAGAUGCCUCGCUCCAUACGCUCCACUAAGCCGACCAGAAGGAACUGCCUUUGAGCGUUCGAUGGGCCUGAGUUUUCUGGAUUCACUUGGUCUGACCAAUGGUCUUCGAUCUAUCAGCUCUCGACAUUUUGCGGUUCAAGCAACGACCCUAGCUACCGCCGCUUCUUUGUUUCUGACUAUUAUUACUAGUGGUUUGUAUUCAGUGAAUGAAGUUCCCACCCAAAGCCAGGCCAACUUUACGCGAGUUGGUGGCUUUCCAGAUCCCAGAACAAUAGCUGGACCUCAACGCCUGAUGAAUGAAGCUAAAGAAGUUGACGGUAUGUUCACUGCCGAAUAUAUUCUUCAAUAUAACUUCUCCUAUCCUCGUUGGACGUACGAGGAACUUGCCUUUGCGGAAAUCUCUAUGGAUGGGCUUCCGGGGACCGAAAACCUAAACGGUUCGUUCGUGGAUAUCAUCGUACCGGCUGUGAGGCUUGCACCUGUCUGUCAUCAAUAUACAGCCGAAGAGCUGCAACCAAGCUUCCGCUUUUAUGAUGGGGAUGGGACGACUGGGAGCUACUACCUCACUAUUAACCAGACCACUUUGGCCUGUCCUGGCAAUAACACCAAUAGCUAUGGCAACAUUUCAGUACUCAGUAUCCAGGACAUUAAUCCUCAGCCUUUUGGAAAGUCAUUUGAAAGCCAGUGCCACUUCGAAACAGAGAACAAUAAUGGCGUCAUUGGUGCAUCACACUACACAACAUCCUAUGUUUGGGGCUAUUUCAACUCAACCUCUAUUCAACAUAUCACCGGCCUGUAUUGCAUUCAAUAUGCAGAGUUAGUCGAUGUCCGCACGCGUUUCCUCUUGCCAGGGAUGGAAAUUGAUGAGAACAACCCGCCGGUUCCCGACGAGUCUUCAGCCAGGAAAGCAGAGGAUCUAUACACUCCGAUCCCCGAGUGGUGGAUCUUGAAUUCGAAUGGUCAAUAUCCCGAGUUUGAUGGGUUUUUCCAAGAUCUUACUUCGGGGAGAUACGCAAUUUCUGUCGACAAUUUUCAAAGAGAAGAGCACAACCAAAAUGUGGCUGAAGCAAUCCAACGCCAAUACAAAAUCAUCACCGCGCAACAAUUCAAUAAUUAUACUCGUGGGACCGCAAACAACAGCAUCCAGCAUGAACCAUUACUUGGAAAUAUUACGAGUUCAAAUCGGCUACGCGUUGUUCAAGAUGUGACUUCUACGCGUAUUCUAGAAGCGCUUUUGGCUUUCAUGCUUGCAUUGGGUAUUCUGGGAUCGGUCCUCUUGAAUACAGAUCGCAUUCUCCCGAAGAAUCCUUGUAGCAUCGCAGCAAUCACAAGUCUUCUAGCAGAUUCACAGAUCCCAGAUGAGUUUCUGAGAGGGGCCUGGGAUCCAGAUUCCAAGCAACUCGCCCAGACUUUUGCCGGUCAUCGUUUUCAUCUUGGUUGGUGGGAGAAAGAGAAUGAGGAAGGCAGCGAGGCCGAUGGAAAAUUCUUCGCCAUUGAUCAUGCUCCGACAGGCAAGGUAGUCUGA